AGCUUAGAUAACAUAAGCUUUGACAGUGUAAACUUGCUCUUAACAAUAUAAAGCUGUUGAUAAAAGUUAUCAACUGUUUAUAGGUGUAUGAAAAAAAAACAUGUCUCAAAGAGCAUCGGUGUCAAGAGACAAAAUAUAACAAUAUAUUUUAUUUAUAAGAUUGCGUUGUUGAUAAUAUUAACAUUUGAUGAAUGAAAUGCGGCAAUGAAUUCGGUUUGAAGAAGAAAGUAGAUUUGUAAAAUCUCCGUGUGCGUAAAAUACCGUGUGUGAGUUCUGAAGUGCAAAUUAAAUUUGUAUUGUAGUACGUGUGAAAAUUCAGGUGAAAUUUACUGUAAAAUUGUACUAAUUUACAGCAGACCACGUGGUGGUACAUCUGGAUGAUAAUAAUUUCACUACAGGAUCAGGAAAAUUCGACUUAAAAUCCAAAUUUAACUCUAUGGGUGAUAACAAUGGGUGUUGCCGCUACCUGGCCUUUAACCAUCAGUUGUUUAGCAUUAUUUAUAGUGCCACACCAACUCUUUUGACGCGUGCUAUAGAUUUACAGAGUCGUUGAUUGCAAAAGUUUUACGACUUCGUGUUCUUUGGAAGAUUUCCCUACCCUUCAAUUGCAGAAAAUAGUUCUUAUCUUCACCUGCAUUAUGGAAACAGGAUGUAUAUUUCAAAUUUGGAAGACACCAUUAUUACAUGUUGACAAUUAUUCGAUAAUUUUGAGCCUUCAUGUAAAAUAAGUUAAUAAUUGUAGAAGACAUUUUUAUGUAUUUUGUGAUAUUAAAAAGAGAGGCGAUCCUGAAUUUUAUAUCUGAAAUAAUUCCAAAGACAAAUGACAGCGUUUAAAACUUUCAGAACUAAUUUAAAGUUCUGCUUGUGUUACAAUCAAGUAUUCGAGUACACACGGAAUGGAGUUGUCUUGGUUACUUUACUAUCUUACAUUUCUAUUUAAUACGUUAAUUGAAAUUUCAAUUUCAAGACCGACAAGUAACGAUACUAUUUAUCAAAUUUUUAAUGAGAAGACUAAUACAAAGAAAAUGGGGUCACGAAAAGAGUACGAAUAUGACGAUGAUUACGAAGAGCCAUUUGAUUCAUUUGUACAAAGUAAAACCGAUAACAUUUUGGACACAGUACUGAUGCCACCCGGAUUAGGCAUAUCAAAAGAAACCCUAAAGAUCCAAAGUGAGACUAAGAGUCCGGCUCCGGAAUAUAUGAUGGAACUCUAUGAAAAUUUUUCAAAAAACAAAUUGAAUCAACCGAAAUCAAACAUAGUUAGAAGUUUUAUGAAUAUAAAUGAUAAAGAUAACCAAAUAGCAUAUUCAAAUUCAAUACUAAGUUCCGGUACAGCCACUCGAGUCCACACUUUAGUAUUCAAUAUAACCAGUGUCUCACCUGAUGAAACUAUAGACCUAGCCGAAUUGAGACUGUUUACAUUAGUGGAAAAAGACCGUAACACAUACAUUGGUGUUGACAGGAAAGUUUCUUGUUUGGAAGUGCUAUCCCAUAAUACAGAACGAUAUCGACUGAUUGAGUCAAAACAUAUCUAUGGUCGACACAGCGGAUGGGAAACAUUUGACGUCACUUCCGCUGUGCGACAUUGGGUGACGGAUAUAAAUAUCAUUCAAAUUUUAGAAAUAAGAAUAGAAAGUGUUUUUCAUGGUUUUUCAAUGGGAAAUAUGGAUAUAAAUGUGAAACAUGCAAAUAAGAAAGAACCACUUUUAGUUGUAUUUUCUAGUGAAACAAAAAUUAACGGACUCCAUCGGACAGAAAGACACGAACUUGUUACACGGGAAAUGGAUUCCGUAAAUGUCAUAUCUUCAUCUAGUAAAUCGUUAACAAACAGUAGCGAACAUAUUCAUAUCUCAAAUAAUGACGAUAAAAGUGCUCAUAAAACAGAUAAUUUAGAUAGUCCUAUUUUAAGUCGAGUAAAACGACGCGGAAGGAGACAAAUUCCUUGCCACAGACGACCAAUGUAUAUUAGGUUUAGUGAUAUAAAUUGGGACAACUGGAUUAUUGCGCCUCAUGGAUAUCAAGCAUACCAAUGUGUUGGGCGUUGUUAUUUCCCUUUGAGUGACCAUUUGUCUCCUACCAAAUACGCCAUCAUUAAAGGAUUGCUCCAUUCAGCUUAUCCUGAUGAAUAUUCCAGAGCGUGCUGCGUUCCAACAAAGCUUGAUCCUAUAUCUAUCUUAUACAUAGACGAACAAGGAGUUCCCACUUAUAAAUACAAAUAUGACGGUAUGGUAGUUUCUGAAUGUGGCUGUCGGUGACCUUGGCCUCAUGAUCGUAGAUGUUUUCUAUCGUAAAUAAAUAACGGGUUGUUACACGAUCGCAGUCAAGACAGUGAUUUAUACUGCUCACGAAGGAUUGCAUGGAGUGUUACGUAAAGCGGAAAUGAGGAAAUUGUAGGAUUUCAAAAAAUGUGCAGUGACUUGCGCAACAAACGAUUUUCAAUUAAGAUAAGACAUAUAAUGGGUAAAAUGAAAGCAGUUUAAAGAAUAUUGCAUUUCAAAGACUACAUGUAACAAUUGGGAACAUGUACAAUUGUAAUUUAUAAUAUUUAAGUAAAUUAAAUGAAUCAACAU